UUCUUUUUUUUUUUUUUGUCAAGGUUGUUGUAUGCUGCACGACACGUUCGAGUCGUUGGUGGCUGGCGCGCUGGUCGUCGCUGGCCUCGCAGUCCUGCACUCGCUGGUCAUGCUCUACCUGCGCUCUCGUCGAGUCGAUAUUGCUGGCAAGGUUGUCUUUGUCACUGGCUGCGACCAUGGCUUUGGCAACCUGGUUGCUCGGCGGCUGGACGAACUCGAAGUCACUGUUCUCGCGGGUUGCCUCACCGAGCAAGGCGCUUCGGCGCUCCGCGAGCAGUCGUCGUCGCGGCUGAAGACGUACAUUCUGGAUGUGACGGAUGAGGCCAGCGUGGCAAAGGUUGCGCAACAGCUCAAGUCGCAAAACGUCAAACUCUGGGGUCUGAUCAACAAUGCUGGAAUUAUGGAUGGCGGGCCGAUCGAAACCACUUCGCUGGCAGCGUACAAGCGCGUUUCGGACGUGAAUGUGUUUGGCAUGAUUUCCGUCACAAAGGCCCUGCUCCCGUUCAUUCGCGCAUCAAAGGGACGCAUUGUCAACGUGUGCAGUGUGGCGGGACGAGUUUCAGCAAUGCAGUUGAGCGCGUAUUGCGUGUCCAAGUACGCUGCAGAGGCGUUUUCGGACGUGCUUCGUCAGGAAAUGGCCGUGUUUGGCGUCAAGGUAUCCAUCAUCGAGCCCGGAUUCUUCCGCACGCCGCUCAUCGACCAAGCUCGUGUGAAUGCAGCGCUGGAACGAAACUGGGAGAGCGCCAACGACGAGGUUAAGGAAGCCUACGGCUCGGAAUUUGUGCUUGCCAUGCGCGGCGUGUCCCAGCGCAUUUUCGGCGCGUUUGCCUCCAACAAUCCGAGCAAAGUCGCGGAUGGCAUGGUUCACGCCAUCUCUGCCGAGUAUCCGCGAUCGCGCUACAUUAUUGGCUGGGAUGCCAACCUGCUGUGGAUUCCCUCGACCUUCCUCCCGAGUGUUGUAGUUGACACUUUCUUUAACAUCAUUGUCAAGCUCUCUCCGCUGCCCCUUCCCCGCGCCGUGCUUUUGGAAAAGAAUGCGGCUCGCAAGGCGAAGCGCAUCUGAGCAACUGACGUUGUCCUUUUGUUGUUGUCUUUCAACAAUCGGAGCUGCCUUGCUCGUCUGCUGGGCUGGGCGUUAAUCGGGAGAGACUGUACCAGAUUCAUCAUACCAACAAUCAACAUGUUCGAAAAAGAAAAAUAAGAAAUAACAACACAUGAACACCGCAACA